AUAACCUCCUUAUCGGAUCCGUCUCCUUGAAUUCGCUUCGAUAGAAUAACCCAAAACCAAACCUCAAAUCCUUCCGGUUCACCGGCGGCGGCGGCAUCGGCAUCGGCGGCCAAGACCAUGGAAAUUGAGGAUGCUUCCCAAUCUACCCCUCCUCCAGAUCCUUCCCAUUCUACCCCUCCCUCCGAUCCUUCCCAAUCUACCCCUCCCGCAGAGAAUCUCGAGUCGCCGCCGGCGAGAAAGCGCCGACGGCGCAGGAAGCAGUUCCCGGAGAUGGUCCCCUCCCUCUCCGUCCGCUCCCUCCGCCCCCAAUCCACCUCCCGCUCCGGCACCGCCCCUCUCUACAACGACGCCCUGAUUGAUGAGCUUCUCCAGCUCCAGCCACGACCUCCCCGCCGGCGAUCCAACGCCGGCUUCGAUGGCUCCCUAUCCGAUCUCGACGUCGAAGCCCUCGUGGCGCUUUCCGUCGGAUUCGCCUCCGACUCCCUCUCCGAGGAUGAGAUCCUUUCCUCCGUCGUGCCCACUCUCUCCGGCCCCAUCCAAUCCAACUACAUCAUCGUCCGCAACCACAUCCUCUCCCGGUGGCGCUCCACCGUCUCCUCCCGCUUGUCCGAGUCCCACGCCAUGGAAUCCAUCCGAUCCGAGCACAAAAACCUAGUCUCCUCCGCCUUUUCCUUCCUCUCCUCCCACGGCUUCAUUAACUUCGGCCUCGCCCCUGCCUUCCGUCUCCCCGCCGUUCCGUUCCCUCCGCGUGCCAACGUCGUUGUGAUCGGCGCUGGAAUCGCUGGCCUCGCUGCCGCCCGCCAGCUCAUCACCUUCGGCUUCAAGGUCGCCAUCCUAGAAGCCCGAUCCCGCCCUGGUGGCCGCGUUCACACCCGCAAGAUGUGCAGCGACGAUGGGUCCAUCGUUGCUGCCGCCGAUCUCGGCGGUAGCGUGCUUACAGGCAUUAAUGGCAACCCUCUCGGCGUGCUCGCGCGGCAGCUAGGGUUCCCAUUGCACAAGGUGCGGGACGUCUGCCCACUUUACCUCCCCGACGGCCGCCCGGUCGACACCGCCACCGACUCCCGCGUGGAGACAGCCUUCAACCAACUCCUCGAUAAGGCCUGCAAGCUCCGUGAAUCCAUCCUAGAGGAAUUCCAGUCCGUAGAUGUCUCGCUUGGUACUGCUCUUGAAGCCUUCCGCAAGGCCCAUGGAGUCGCUGAGACGCCGGAGGAGCGAAUGCUUCUCAAUUGGCAUCUUGCAAACUUGGAGUAUGCCAAUGCGGCAUUGCUCUCAGACUUGUCAAUGGCUUACUGGGAUCAGGAUGAUCCCUACGAGAUGGGAGGUGACCAUUGCUUCAUUCCCGGUGGCAAUUGUCGCUUUGUUCGAGCUCUGGCGGAGGAUAUUCCGAUCUUUUAUAAUCAGACAGUGAGUAGGAUUCACUAUGGUUGUGAUGGUGUGCUAGUUUAUACCAAUGACCAGGCUUUUCAUGCCGAUAUGGCUCUCUGCACUGUACCUCUUGGUGUACUCAAGAAAGGCUCCAUUGUGUUCGAUCCUGAACUCCCUCCUCCAAAGCAAGAUGCCAUUAAGAGAUUGGGGUUUGGAUUGCUGAAUAAGGUGGCGAUGCUGUUUCCUCAUGAUUUUUGGGGUGGAGGGAUUGAUACAUUUGGGCAUUUGACAGAGGACCCAAGGCAGCGAGGGGAGUUCUUCCUGUUUUAUAGCUAUACUUCAGUAUCUGGUGGACCAUUGCUUGUUGCUCUUGUUGCAGGGGAGUCUGCAAUAAAGUUUGAGAAUUCAUCGCCUGUUGAGGCGGUUGAAAGAGUCCUAGGAGUUCUUAGAGGCAUUUUCACUCCGAAAGGGAUUGAAGUCCCUGCUCCAAUUCAGGUGGUUUGCACCCGGUGGGGGUCAGAUAAGUUCACUUAUGGGUCAUACUCGUAUGUUGCCAUUGGUUCUUCAGGUGAUGAUUAUGAUGUUCUGGCGGAGCCUGUGGGGGAUAGGGUCUUCUUUGCCGGGGAGGCUACUAAUAGGAAAUACCCGGCGACAAUGCAUGGAGCUCUGCUUAGUGGGUUUAGGGAGGCCGCUAAUAUAUCAAGAGCAGCUAAGAGAAGUUCCAUUCUAUCAACAACAGAUAGAGUGGAUUGUAGAGAGGAGCAACUGGACUUGGAUGAUCUGUAUCACAAUCCUGAUCUGUCUUUUGGGAGUUUUUCAGUUCUUUAUGAUCCUUGCUCAAGUGGUUCUGAUUCUAUUUCCUUGCUUCGCGUGGGGAUUGGUGAGAGGAAGACAGGUUCUGGUUUGCUUUAUCUGUACGCAUUGAUCUCCAAGAGGCAUGUGAUGGAGUUGCAUGAUAUUGAUGGGGAUGAGAGAAGAUUAAGUUUGUUAUAUCGCAACUUUGGCACAAAACUAGUUGGGAGAGAUGGACUGGGGAGUCUCGGAGAUAGUCUUUUAGGGAGAAUAAAGGCUGCAAGAUUGACCACUCCAAAUACCGGUAUCAUGAAGGGAUCAUGUCAAAUUUGAAGAUUGAUUUUUCAGUAUCUUAGAACUGAGAUUAUACCAAUUGGACAGCCUGAGACAACAUGAAAGAAGACAAGAUGUCUUGCGUUUGAGUAGGGGGGGAGAGAACUAAUUCUUCUAGAAAGCAUAAAAAACUAACUGAAUGCUGCAUUAGUUCAUCAACAUGUGUAGGUAUCUUCAACUAACUUUAUUAUAAAACAUAGUGGACUAGUACUAGACUUGCUGAAUUAUUUGUUACUGAAAGGAAACAGAAAGACGAUGGUUAGCCUUUGAUGCCAUUGCUUCUUGUAUAACAUCCAAUCAAUCUUCAAGUUGCAUUCA